CGUGUGGAGCAACGUGGUGCUCGGACCUAAUAUUUUGUUCUCAGCAGACGAAAAAUUUGCAACUGUCAAUAUUUUUAGUUUUUUUAAAGUUAAUACUCAUUUUAUAUGUGCUUUUGUAAUUUUAUUACAUACAUUUCAUAACGCAGAUAUGCCUUUUGAUGUUAGAAGGUUUGAUAUUUAUAGGAAAAUUCCAAAAGACUUAACACAACCUACAUUAACAGGAGCUAUCAUAUCUGUUUGUUGUUGUUGUUUCAUUGCAAUUUUAUUUCUCAGUGAAUUCCUUCAUUUUAUAAGCAUCAGUGUGAAGAGCGAGCUUUUUGUGGACAAUCCUGGUGAUAAUGAUCGCAUCUUGGUUCACCUAAACAUAAGCCUGCCGAGAUUACACUGUACAGGUAAGUAUUUGAUUAUGAAAAAAUUGAGUUAA